AUGCUGACGAUCACUCUUCUUCUGGCACUCUUUGUAACUUUGGAGGCACGCCCUGCAUUCAGCGGACGCGGGGCACUUACAUUUCUCGACACGAAUCUAGACUAUGUUGAGGGUCUGAAAAACACGUACAUCAAAGUUGCAAAAGCUCAGCUCCAGGAACAGCUUAAGCGCCACAAUCUCCCCUACAUCGAAAGUAUGUUCACGGUGAAUGUCCGCAAUACGGGUGGUAAGCUAACAGUGGAAGUGGGCGUGUCGGAAGUGCCAGACUGUAGUUUGGUGAAUGAAAUGGCGAAGGAAGCAAAGAGAUCAAAUCGCCUAUUAAGAGCCGCAUCUGUGAAGUGUAGAGGCGGCCUUACUGUAUACAAUUAG